AUGGAUUCCGACUCGCAACACAGUACUGGCAAAAAGCGGCGCGCAACUCUCACCAAGAAUCCUCCGCCCUCGGCCUUGUCCUCCCGACCUUCACUGCGCAAACUGCAGUCUGCUGCGUCGUCAACGUCUCUUCUCCAACGAGCACCUUCUGCACCCUACCCUCGCUCUCAACAAGGCUCUCAUUCCGCUCGCGAUAUUCACCAGCGCACAAAGUCUACCCAGUAUGCCUCAUCCGUAUCGUCGCUCGACCAUCCUAGUACAAACCCGUCGCCUAUAAUCCCCUCCACCGACAACUUCGCUUAUCAGCAGCCACCCAACUCACACCACACCGAUCUCGUGGGCGCGCCCUUCGAUGCUUCUGGCCUUCUGUCUUCCAUCCAGUCGGCGUCGACAGAGGGCGCUCCGUUGAACGCAGUUCCUCAGCCGACAGCUAGACCACCUCCCCCACCAUUACUACACACCCACACAAGUCCUGAUAUGCGAAGCCACCAGUUCCAGGGCGUACAAACAAUUCCGCCCGGCGGUCAAACCAUGGAGACGACUCCACCGAAAGAGAAUGGCAUCAUGAGCCCGAAGCGUUUCUCCGGCGAGGGCAAGCCAACAACCACCCGCAAAAAGAGCGGCUUCUCCAGCUUUGUGAACAGCAUGCUGGGCUCGCCCCGCACAAUUAAGAUCUCAGCGCCCGAGAACCCAAUGCACAUGAUCCAUGUAGGAUAUGACAAUCAUACUGGCCAAUUUACUGGCCUACCAAAGGACUGGCAGCGCAUGCUGACCGACGCUGGUGUCUCCAAAAAUGAGCAAGAACAAAACCCCGAGAUGAUGAUGAACAUUGUUGAAACCUACAAGAGUAAUUUCGGAGAACAAGACCAAGCUGUAUGGCAAAAGUUUGAUCAUGCGAAGUUUUCAGAUUCGCCGGCAAGCAGUUCAUCUAGCUAUCAACAAGGCGGUAAUACACCUACCGGCGGUGUCAGUGCAGGUCCAUUUAGUCCUGCUGGUGUAAUAUCGCCGCCUCAGAGUCCUCGAUUCCCACAGAACCACGAAGGCAGUUUCGAGAAUCCCCGCGCGCCCCCUCCCAUACCAAGGCUACCUUCUGGCCCGGGAGCUGGCAUGAAAAGUGCCCCUGUGACCAACAUGAUGCCCAACAGAGCGCCACCGAAACCACCUACGUCGGCACCCAACAUCGCCGUGCCUCACCGGCCGGCUCCAGCCCCACCUGUUACUACGACACCUGCUGGUAGACCAAGUCAAGAGCAGACUCGGCCGCCGAUUCCUGCAGCAGCCCCGCCUCCUGCCCCGAUCACUCCGGUCGAAGGUCCGCGCUCGAGAUCGGGCUCGAAAGGUCAGCCUGGUAUUACGUCGCCGAAGCCAGCCCAAGGUAUCACCUCUCCAGUGAUGUACCAACAGCAGCAGGAGGAAGCCAUGCGCGUAGCUCAGGAAGCUAUUCAAAGUAAACAGCUUGACCGCUCGCGCAGCCAGCGGCAACCUGCGCCGGCAGCCAAGCCGGAGCAACCUUCAAUACCUCAGCAACAAGCCCCGGCGGUACCUCCGAAAAUUCCGCAGCAGCAGAGUCCAGGCAUUCCUCAGGAUCCACAACAAUACGUGGCCGUUGCUGGACAAUAUCCCAACCAGCCCUCCGUAAGUACAGCUCCAGGUGCGGUGCCGCGGCCGAGGAACCGCCCCCGACAACCCAGCAACGGGGCUGAAGUUGCGGCAAGGCUGCGUGCGAUUUGCAGUCCUGGAGAUCCCACUCAAAAAUAUACAAACCUCAGUAAGAUUGGGCAGGGGGCUUCAGGUGGUGUGUUCAUGGCAUCCGAGGUGCAUACCAGGCAGUGUGUUGCUAUCAAGCAGAUGAACCUCGAGCAGCAGCCAAAGAAAGAUUUAAUCAUCAACGAGAUCGUUGUCAUGAGAGAAAGCAAACACAAGAACAUCGUCAAUUUCAUGGAUAGCUUCCUUCACGAUGGUGAUCUAUGGGUCGUCAUGGAGUACAUGCAGGGCGGCAGUUUAACAGAUGUGGUGACGUUCAACAUUAUGAGUGAGGGACAGAUUGCUUCGGUCUGUAGAGAAACAUUGUACGGACUCCAGCAUUUGCACUCGAAAAAUGUCAUCCAUCGAGAUAUCAAAUCCGACAACAUCCUUUUGUCCAACAAGGGCGACAUCAAGCUUACCGAUUUUGGUUUCUGCGCUCAAAUUAACGACUCACAAAACAAGCGGACGACUAUGGUAGGCACGCCGUACUGGAUGGCUCCUGAGGUCGUUACCCGCAAGGAGUAUGGCCGCAAAGUCGAUAUCUGGUCAUUGGGUAUCAUGGCCAUCGAAAUGAUCGAAGGCGAGCCACCGUAUUUGACCGAAUCUCCUCUCCGAGCGCUGUACCUCAUUGCGAAGUUUGGGACGCCCCGCAUCAAGAACGAGCAGGAUCUUUCCGAUGUCUUCAGAGAUUUCCUCUACUUUGCUUUGAAGGUCGAGCCCGAGAAGCGUGCUAGCGCUCAUGAUCUGAUACAUCAUCCUUUUAUGCGGAAGUGCGUACCUCUCGAGACUCUUGCACCACUCGUGCAGGCUGCUCGAGAGAGUCGAGCUGCCGAGAAGUCACAGCGUGCUGCCGCGAACUAA